CCAUAUACUCGAAAUUCCAACUGUUGCAACCUGCGACGUGUUUCGUAAAGAAGCUUCCUUAUUUCAAGGAAGAUAUGGUCUCCAGGUGUUCAGUUUUUUCAAAUGAGGUUCAGUUCAUCCCUAGUUUUGGUGGAAUUCGAUACCUUGCUGAAAAUCGUUCCUUUAAGGCGUGGUUUUUAGAUCAGUUUGGAGUUCUUCAUGAUGGUAAACAACCUUAUCCAGGUGCCGUUUCAACUUUAGAAAAACUUGCAAGCAAUGGAGCCAAGAUGGUGAUAAUUAGUAAUUCAUCGAGACGUGCAUCAGUUACCAUGGAGAAAUUGAAGAGCCUUGGGUUUGAUCCUUCAUUGUUCCUGGGGGCAAUCACUAGUGGAGAAUUAACGCAUCAAUACCUGCAAAGGAGGGAUGAUGCAUGGUUUGCAGCAUUGGGAAGGGCUUGCAUUCACAUGACAUGGAGUAAUCGAGGUGCAAUAUCUCUAGAGGGUCUAGGUUUGCAAGUUGUGGAGAAUGCUGAAAUUGCGGACUUUGUUCUGGUCCAUGGAACUGAAGCACUUGGUCUUUCGUCUGGUGCAACACUUCCUAUGAAACUCGAAGAUCUUGAAAAAAUAUUGGAGCAUUGUGCUGCAAAGAAGCUUCCUAUGAUUGUUGCAAAUCCAGAUUAUGUGACUGUUGAGGCUAGGGCUUUGAGUGUUAUGCCUGGUACACUGGGAGCCAAAUAUGAGCAGCUUGGAGGUGAAGUGAAAUGGAUGGGAAAACCUGAUAAGGUAAUUUAUGAAGCAGCUCUGGCCCUGACUGGUGUGGAUGCUUCUGACUGUAUAGCUGUUGGUGACUCUCUCCACCAUGACAUCAAAGGUGCAAAUUUAACUGGAAUCCAAUCUACAUUUAUCACUGGAGGGAUUCAUGCAAAUGAACUUGGACUUCAUAGUUUUGGAGAGGUUGCAGAUCCAUCUUGUGUCCAAGCUCUUGCAUCAAAAUAUGAUGCUUAUCCAUCAUAUGUAUGUCCUGCCUUUACUUGGUAGUCUAAUCACUCUCUUGAUGAUUGUUCUUUCUUUCUGUUCCAAUUGUGUAAUAAGAAAUUACAUAUUUAAGAAACAAAUUCAUACAUUUCAUAUUGCAAA